AGAUAAAUUUAAUAAUUUAAUUUAUUCGAUAUCUAUUAUAUUGUAUAACUUAUUAAGGUGUAAAUUGAUUUAAUUGUUGAACUUCAAAUAAAACCCUCCUUAGUUCAGUGGUAAGGGAGCCUACUUUUGGACCAAAAGGUUGUGAGUUCGAAUCCUGACUGGGUGGGAAAUUUUUCUUUAUUAAAACAAUAUAAUAAACAAAAAUAAUUUCUAUCCUUGUGGGAUUGGUAAUCACCCGAGGGACCGCAGACAUUUACUCAACACACACACACACUACACAUUACUCAUUACUAAUUACGUGGCUAAAGAUUCCAAACCAAGGCCAGAAAUAAAAAACUUCAAGUAGCUUUCUUCAAAUAAUUAGUUCACAUCUAUCAGAUCUGACAUUUUAAAAAUUAAAUGAGGUAAAAAUUCUACCAUGUCAACUUCACCACAAUCUUUUGAAGCACGAGUUCUUUCGUAUCUGAAGGCUCAAGAACACCUAAACUGGGGAGAAGCAUUCGAAGAGAUCGAGGAGGAAGAAACACCCGAACAGCAUGCUCAAGCCAUCUUGCAAGAAAUUUUGUUAAAACUAAAUAAGAGAAUUGUAUGCCAAGAUCGAUAUGAUAACUUGAAGGAAAAUCACAACCAGUUUCCUUUGUUCAACUUAGAAGAUAUAAUACCAGAUUUUUGUAUCGAUGAAGAUAUGAUUAAACAACUGACCUUUUCCGAAACUUUAGUAAUAAGCGAACUAGAUGGCUACAAAAAUUCGAAGGAAACUGUGCCUAAAGCAGUCGGAUCUCUAGUUUUAAAUAUACUAGCUGAAGAUGCCAUUUUACCACAUAAUAUUAAGAAAAAGGCAAUAGAUGCGGAUAUAGAAAGGGAAGUAACGCUAACAUUGCAACGGGCAAAACAAGUUGCUGGGCCGUUGAUUAAGAAACCCAACGCAAAGCUCGUUGAGCUGGACGAGGUAGAAGAGCAGCUGCGGAAAACUCUCAUCGAAUACGAAAAGUCCUUGAAGGAGGAAAUGAUGGCGAACGCUACAAAGUUUACGGUGCAUGUUUCGUCACAGUUCAACUCAGGAUUCAACGGCGGCUCCCGGAUAACGGCUUGGGUGAACAGGAAUUUUCAUACGCUGGAAGAAAAAAGAACUGAGUAUUUCCAAGACGAAGGGAUAAUCAAUGAAAAAACUCUUUACGUAGGUCUACAACAUAGAAAAUACUACGUCAGACAUUGCAGUUCAAAGGAAGAAACUGAUAAUCGGAGAUAUUACAAUCUAGCAAAAUGUCAAGAUCUUGUUUGCGAAGGGGCGAAUUUUAUCUUGAUGAGAUAUUUAGCCAUCACAAGAUAUGAAGGGCAAUUCGAAUUAUCUACAACAUAUAUCAAUGGAGAUUUAUGCAGAAAUCAUUACGAGUGUACUGGUCCUAUGAAAGGAAAGGUGAACAACAAAGAAACCGAGAUUUGUAAAAUAUAUAGAUACAUCGUUGAAAAAUGCGGUAUAGAACAUCUAAGUGUCACUGUAAUGACUGUAUAUGGAAGAAUCGUAACACAAGAAUGGGAUGGUUGCCGUUAUAUACUUAAUAUGAAUCCUUUACAAUUUGUCGGUACUGGAAAACCAACCCUUUAUGACAGGAAAAGUCUUGAAAAUACGUGGUACGAUGAUUUGGAACUAUUCUCAAAGUAUAUGGACACGAAGACCGAAGCUGAACUAAAAAUGAAAUCAUAUAUGCACGAACAUCCAGAGGUAAAGAACAUUAUUGCGGAUUAUUUGAACAAUAUCCUACUUUUAAAGCCGCACAAUAUUUUACCGUUCACUAUGGACUUCUUCCAGAGUCUGUGUCCUAUGAAAAUUGCUAAAAUGAAAUAUUAGACAAACAUUUACAGAUUAAAAAAUAAAGGCGUUACAACAAUCCAAAUAA